AUGGGUGGCGAUCUCAACUUGAAGAAGAGUUUCCACCCUUCUCUCAUCAAGAACCAGGCCAAGGUCUGGGAAGAGGAACGCAAGGCCCUCGAUGAGCGCAAGAAGACACAGCAGCGAAUCAACGAGCUCAAGGAAGAGCGCGAGCGUGAAGAACUCCAGAAGAAGCUCGAGGCUGCAGGGCACACCAAACGAGUCGACCGCGUCGAGUUUUUGUACAGCGGACCUACCGAUGGACAGACCGGCACGACCGAGGAGCGCGAGAGCUACCUCUUGGGCAAGCGCCGCAUCGACAACUUGCUCAAGGGAACGGAACACAAGAACUUGGAGAAGCAAGCUGGGCAGGAGAGUUUUAUGGCCCUACAGACGGCCAACACAGCACGCGACACAGCAGCCAAAGUUCGAGAAGACCCCCUACUCGCCAUCAAGCGACAGGAGCAGAGCGCUCUGAAAGGCGGCGUCGACGCAGCGAUUCCGAAGACAGGCAUCACCAGCACAGACGCACUUCUAGAUCCCGAUCUCCUCGAAGACGCGACUCUGGCGAGAAGAACGAUUACGAUAGACGCGAUCGACGCGACAGGCGUGACGACCGCGAACGGCGGCGCCGAGACUCAGUGUCCGAGGACGAACGACCCGCGCGGCGACCGGGAUGGAGAAGCUUCAGUUUCCCGGGGUCGCCGGAACAACGAUAAUCAUCGGCAAGAGCCUGACAGACGACCUGCUGCCCGUACCAAUGGAUCCAGUAGUGGCAAAGAGGUCGUUGACAAGGGCGCUGAGGAGGAAAGGGCUCGCAAGUUGGCGGCGAUGCAAGCAGCCGCUUCAGAUCUCGACACAGAUCGGGAGCGCCGACUAGCUGCGCUUGAAGAACGGGAGAACGCCGCGCGACAAGCCGAUGAUCAGGCGAGAGAACGAUCAUCCAAGUUUGGGGAUAGGCAAUUUGUGAACGGUCUGCAUCGGAAGGCCGGCAACAUGAGCCUCGGGGAGAGGAUGGGCCGUAGUAGGCAGGGUCUGCAGAGGGACGAUGACUGA